CUCCGCUCAGAGGGAGAGACCCCAAGUGGCUUACAAAAAUUAAAAUGGAUUUAAAACAGACAAAUCACAGAUUGGCCUAAAUGAACAGAGAAAUGAGCUUCCUUUGAAAUCUAUGGCUUUCAAACCAAAGACUGGAAAACCACCUCGAACAGGCACUGGGUCUGCAUUGCCUGUCCUGGUUCUUCCUGGGUCUUGAUGCUCCCUGGCCAGCAGAACCGCCCGCAGUUGGGGCAGAGGUGGGCAAGUAGCACCAAAAGCUGGAAGGAUGGAAGCUGCCAAGCUGGCUGCCUUGUCCACAGCAUAGGCACUGGGAUCCUUAUCUCCCUCGAUGUCCCAACAUCAUGGAGGAGGUGGACAAGAUCCUCAUACGUUCUCUUCGCCUCUCUGGGACGGACAUCCCCGACGAAGUGCAGAGCGUCCGGGAAUUCACCACUGAGCUGAUCGUCGAGGCCGUGGUGCGAUGCCUCCAGGUCAUUAACCCUUCCGUGGGUGCAGGCCUUAGCCACAUCCUUCCUCCCGGGAUGUCUGCUCGCUUCCGGAUAGGCAUAAGCCUGGCGCAGGCCUGCCAGGACUUGGGGUACCAAGGGGAGGUCGGCUACCAGACCUUCUUGUACAGCAGCGAGCCUGAAAUCCGACGCCUUCUCCUCUUCCUUGUGGAGAAGCUCCCGCGUGAUGCAUCAGAGGAUGCUGCCCAGCCUGUGGGCAAAUCAACAGCGCUUCACAGAGCCAUUGCUACCACCAUCAAGGAACAGCUGGCCGUCCCCUGGGUGCCCCCUACCUGCCGUACCCCCCGCCUGCAGCUGUUACAGGGUUCGUGCCUCCUGAAGCAAUUCCAGGCUCGGCCCUUGGUCCUGCCUCGGGAGUCAGACCCGUCCAUUGGGAAGAUGCCCCCAGAGAGGAAAGAGUUCUUUGUCCAGUUCCUGCCCCCCGUGUCAGCCCAGCUGUCCCGACCGGCAUGUUUUGCACCAUCCCUGCUGGAGCAGAACAUGGCUGACCUAUGCACGGAUCAAGACUGGGAGAACGAAUGGAAGAAUCAAGGCCUCGGAUCACGCAUGACUCCUGAGGAGUACCGCCAGUGGAAGCACCAGCGGCUGCAGCAUCGCCUUCUCGACCAGCUGCGCCAAGCAGCCCCUCAGGCUGGGCCUGCCCCACAGGGAGGAACAGCCCGUGAUCUGACUCAGUUCCUGGGCACUUUUGGCGCUGGGCAAGAACGCAUGGGGGCUCUGGACAAAGGGUCCCGCUUUACCCACACUCAGCACUUGGCCUUUAAGCAGGAGGCUGAACCCACAGCCCAGAUACACACGCUGCCAGUCUCCCGGACAUCAGAAGAGGAAUUACAGGAAAGACAAGCAGCUGAAGUGGAGAUCUUGGAAAGUGAACUGGGCCGCCUAGUGGGGCAAAUUGAGGAGAUUGAGGGCCAGCUGGCCACACUGGGGCUGACUCUCACACAGGUGGAGGGAGAGGUGCGGCAGCGGCAGCUGGGUGUGACCGAGCUGGAGCAGACCUUGCGUGUGAAGGGCCGUACCGUGGAGCUGCUGCCUGAUGCCGAGAACAAUAUGGCGAAGCUGCAGGUUGUGGUUGAGAGCAGCGCACAACGGAUCAUCCAGCUGGCUGCCCAGUGGGAGAAGCACCGAGUGCCACUAAUCCAGGAAUUUCGGGAGCUCAAAGCCCUGCAUGACUCCAAGGAGCUGGAAUCGUCGCAGCGCCUGUUGGAGAUCAGGGAACUGCACGAGCGGAUCCGAUCAGCUGCUGACGAGGCCAAGCGCAAAGACGAUCUCUAUAAACAGUUGCUCUUGGAGCUGGAAUCCCUCCCCAAAGACGUCUCUCGCUCUGCCUACACUCAGCGCAUCCUGGAGAUCGUCAGCAACAUCUGUAAGCAGAAAGAGGAGAUCACCAAGAUCCUGUCCGACACCAAGGAGCUCCAGAAGGAGAUCAACGGCCUGACUGGCAAGCUGGACCGGACCUUUGCUGUCACGGAUGAGCUGAUUUUUAAGGAUGCCAAACGAGAUGAGGCCGUGAGAAAAGCAUACAAGUACUUGGCAGCCUUGCAUGAGAGCUGCAGUCAGCUGAUCCAGACAAUCGAGGACACGGGCACCAUCCUGCGGGAGAUCCGGGACCUGGAGGAACAGAUUGAGAGUGAAACCAGCAAGAAAACCCUGAACAACCUGGAGAAGAUCCUCAACGACUACCGGGCUCUGAAGCAGGAGAACACGGCGCUGCUGGGCCGUGCCCGGGAGACAUGAAGAGCUCCACCCUGCAGCCAGCCCCAUUGCCUGGGGGCUUUUCCCAUUCAGACUCUGCGGUGCCUCUAGCCUGACAGGGUGUGGGCUUGUGAACAGCCUAGGAACCCAGCCAAAGCACAGCACGUUUUGCAGAGUAACGGACCCCUGAGAUUGUCCUUCUGCCAUAGAUUGUAUUUUGAAGGAGCCCAGAGACGAGGAGGCAAGGAGUGGUUUCGCUGCUUAUUAUUUGAAGUUAAACAUCUGUUUCGUACCCCCCCCCCCCCGAAUAAACUCACCCCCCUUUUUUUGCAGAGUAUUUGUGCUGAUCUGAAUGGUGCGUGGUCGCUUUAGGAUGCAUGUGGUUUCUCCAAAU